UUAUUAUUAGAUGAGCGCGUACGGGCCACGGAUUGGCAAAUCCAAAACAAUUAAAAGGAUUCCUAAUUCGAUUGGGGGCAUUCAAAACCCUAAAUUGAAGGAAAAGGAAUCCACACCGAAUUGCAGGUAAAUCCCAGAAAAUCAAUCAUACAGAAAGAAGAGAAGAAGCUGAUUCAUAGCAAAAGGAUGUCGGAUGCAUACGAGAAAGUGAAAGGAGGUAGAUUAACCUUCAAAGGAGGAAGCUUAGCGACUCGCAAAUCAAUCGACAAAAGCAAGAAGAAGCACAAGAAGAAAAAGAUCGCCGAAGAUGAUACUCAGCCUACCCUCGACGCCUCCACCGUUUCCGUCGAAGGUUCUGAAUCUGGUGGAGCGGAUAUCUACACCAUCGACGCUGCUAAAAAGAUGAAGUACGAGGAGCUGUUCCCCGUCGAGGCUAGGAAGUUCGGUUACGACCCUAAAAACCCUAAAGCCACAUCAGUGGAACAAGCCCUCGAUGAUCGUGUUAAGAAGAAAGCCGAUCGUUACUGUAAAUGAGGUUCUCUUGCUGUUGAAUUACUAAUGUAUUGUAUUUUCAUACAAUUUUUGUAGAAUUUAACUCGAUGAUUCUGGUAUGGGGUUUCAACCAAUUCUGACGCUUAAGUAAUUUUAUAGGCUAAAAUUGAAUUAAUCGGUCAUUGUUUGUGCA